CUCCUCCCAUAUAUUAUUUCGCUAAAAUGGCAACAAUAUCCCCCGCAACAGCCCACCUCGUCGAGACUGCCGAAAUCCAGUUCAUCAAGGCGCAAAUCCAAGCUGUGCAAACACUAUUCCCAUCCGAGAAAUUCAUAGCAGAAUCCAUUGGCGGCGGCGUCGCAGCUGUCACAAAACCAUCUUUCGGACGGAAACUGAAUCAUGUUGCUGGGUUUGGUAUGAAUGGGCCCGUCUCUGGGGAGGAUCUCGACGCUAUCGGACUUCUUUACAGCAGGAUUGGGGUAUCCCCAGAGAUCAACCUCUGUCCGUUCGCGCAUCAGACUGCACGGGACGCUUUGGAGAGGAGAGAAUGGACUAUCUGCGCGGAGAUGAAUGUCUACGUCUUGUCUUUACCAGAAUAUGAAGGAGAGGAAAAUGGUGAGGAGAUAUGCAUAACGCACGUCUCUGCGGAGGAAUACCAACUCUUUAUUGAAACGUCUGUCGCGGGCUUCGGAUACAACUCUACACCUGAACAAGUCGAUCUGUUCCAAGCUCUAGCCAGUGCUGCUACUCGCCGCGGGGAUACGCGUCUCUACCUUGCUCGCAUAAAUGGACAGAUUGCCGGGGCUGCGGGAAUGGCUCUAAUCACCACGCCUGCAGGUCGAGUUGCCGAGUUGUAUAUUGAUAGUACGGUCCCUGGGUACCGGGGUAAGGGCGUGCAGACGGCGUUAUUGAGGGCAAGGCUCGAUGAGGCGAAGAAGGAGGGAAUUGACAUUGCUACUGUUACUACUUGGCCGACUGGGACCAGUGCGAGGAAUGUUGAGCGGGUUGGGUUUGAAUUGGGAUAUCGGAAAGAUGUAUUUACCAGACAAGAAUGAGCUCUGUAUACGAAUUUGAAUAUAAGAUGUUUCGUGAC